AUGAUUAUAGACCCUACAAGAAAAGUCCUGAUAUUGGGUAGCAUACCAACAGAAAACCUGCCUAAGAAAUCACAUGAGGACCCCAAGCCAGCUCAGCCAAGAAGAUCAUUAACCAAAAGGGACUCCACUGUUGAUACAGCCACUGCUACUUCAUCAUUGAUGUCAUCGUCUACUUGCUCUCGGUCAAAUAACCAAUUCAAAAGCUUGCUCAAGCAGAUAGAUAAAGAGAACUUAGACCCAUGGAAGAUAGAUAAAUCAGUCGAAGAAAAAGUUAAAUUUGAAUUGUAUGAUGAUGUGCAUUGUUUACCGAAAUUCACCAUUGUGGUGGAUUCUGCCCUUGAGUUUUCUACAUAUGUGUACAACUGGCCUCUUGAAGACACUCACUUUCUCUAUAAGGAGAGAAAACGAUCAAUUACUUACAAUACCAUUAAGGAACUGCUGCAAACCAUUGAACAGUCUGUACUAUGUAAUGGCUUGCCAGAUGACGAGGAUGUCAAAUCAGUUGUUGUGGAUCCUACAUCACAAAACUCGCCCCCACGAACUGUUUUUCGCCACUCUAUACCGAAGGUUAUGUUGAAUGAUAACGGGAACCGCUUUGAAGUGACAGUAGUGUUUCGGUCAGUGGACUGUGAAGUGAUAAAGUCUUCUUCUGCUGAACAAGAUCAUUGCAAGUCAUGUUCCACUGCUCUAAAGUAUAUCAAGAAGGUCAGCACAAGGAAAAGCAGAUCAUCCGAGGCUCCAGCCAAACCAAAAGCACCCAUUGCAAUGUGCGGACCUGAAAAGUUGAGAGCAACCUUAAAGGCUACUCGCCUCCAAUGCAAAGAUUUGGAGGAGAGGCUGCAUAAUCUUGAAAACCAAAUUGAACAGGACGGUUUUGGAGUGAGUGAGGCAACAGAGAAAGACAUUCUCAAAAUUAUGGCUGGGAAGAACCUGGAAGAUAACCCUCACAUGAAAUUCUUUUGGGACCAACAAAUGAAGCUGCUGCAGUCCAGCAAGAUGGGAAGGAGAUACCAUCCACAAAUCAUAAGGUUUGCCUUGUCUCUCCAUGCAAAGUCUGCUUCUGCAUACAGAGAAGUUCAAGAAAGUGGUGCAUUAAUUCUGCCAAGUGAACGUGUCCUCCGAGAUUAUAAGAAUUAUUUUAAGCCGAAAGCGGGGAUUAACAAGGAGAAUAUUGAAAAUUUAAAAGAGAAAGCUUCAAAAUUUUCUGAUGUCCAAAGAUAUGUGGCUGUUGUAAUGGACGAAAUGAAGAUCCAGUCAAACUUGGUGUUCGAUAAAGUUUCUGGCGAGUUAAUUGGCUUUAUUGACCUUGGUGAUCCCAUGACCAAUUAUGCCACAUUGCAAGAAGAGGACACCAUUGCAUCUCAUGCUUUGGCAUUUCUUGUCCGAGGAUUAGCUACCGACCUGAAGCAUAUCAUUGGGUACUACUUCACUGGAAAUGUUACCUCAUUCCAAAUUAUGCCCAUCUUCUGGAAAAUUGUAUCUGUCUUGGAGAUGUCAGUCAAUUUGUGGGUGGUCGCCGCUGUUAAUGAUGGGGCAUCUCCAAACCGAAAGUUCUUUAACCUUCAUUGCAAUCUCACAGAAGAUCUAAAGCAUGACAUUGUUUACAAGACAAGGAAUGUGUUUGCAACGUCACGCUUUAUUUUCUUCUUUGCAGAUUCACCCCACCUGAUCAAAACAGCCAGGAAUUGCCUGUACAAUUCUGGUUCUGGUUCACAAAGCCGCUUUAUGUGGAACAAUGGAAGUUAUUUGUUGUUCCGACAUAUAGCCAACCUGUUUUACAGAGAUCAAGCAUUACCCUUGCAUUCCCUCCCGAAGCUGACGUUGGAUCACAUCGUCCUUACUUCCUAUAGCAAGAUGAAAGUCAAGCUAGCGAUCCAGGUUCUGAGCAAGUCAGUGGCCAUAGCUUUGGAAGAGAGCAACAAUGAAGAGGUUCGCGGUACAGCCAUGUUUUGUACAAUGAUGAACACUUUUUUUGAUUGUACUAAUGUUAGGUCAAAAACAGAGUACAUCAAAAAAAGAAAUGAUUCCAUCAAGCCAUACUUUUCCUGUGAUGACCCACGGUUUACUUGGUUAACUGAUAUAUUUUUGAAAUAUCUUGAGGAUUGGAGGAAAAGUACCUUAACCAGGCCUGGUGAGUACUCGCCUGACGAGAGGGGGAAGAUGUUCCUGUCAUUGCAGACGUACAAUGGUCUCAAGAUAUCAGUGUAUUCGCAUGUGGAAGCAGUCCAGUUUCUGUUGAGUCAGGGAUUUGAGUAUGUCCUAACUGAACGUUUCAUGCAGGAUGUGCUGGAGGAUUAUUUUGGCCAUCAGCGAGCAAGAGGUGGAAGAUCAGAUAAUCCCACAGCUCAACAAUUUGGUUACAACGAUCUGACAAUUGCGACUCAGAGAGAUAUUGCCCCAGUCAUUAGAGGAAAUGUUGGUGGUCGUUACGAAGUACAGAAAUGGCAAGUAGUCAGCGAUGAACCUGUGAAGAAGCGGGCAAAAAAAUAA